CAGUUUAAAUUAGUACAGAUCGUGCGUUGAACAAAAUGAAAUUUGGGUGUCUAACAAUUUCUCUGCCGACUUUGGUCCUGGCUUUUAUAUCUAAUGCAAACGCUGCUGGUUUUCCGUCCAAUAAACAUCUAAACCAAACUCUUGAAUACUGUUUUCCGGUUAUCAAGCCCGUCCUCGAGCACUUCAUAGAGCUGACAGCAGCCGUCGAUACCAACGAAGAACUGAACAAAAAAGUGAGUUCCAUGUCCGACGCCAUUAAGGACUUGGAGAGCAAGCUGGCAAUUGCUGAGGUGCAACUGAAGUCCAAGGACGAGGCAAUAAACGCGAAAAACGAGCUGAUCAAAUUAAAAGAUGAGCUACAGUCUCAGUUAGCGACUGCGAAUUGUCAGCUGAAAUUAAGUGAAAAAGACUCUGAAAUACUUCGCAAAAGUGAAGAGUCCUUGUACAAGGACAACCUACUAAAGGUAAAGGAUAAACAAAUCGCGGACUCGGAAGCCAAUAUUAAUAGCUUGAAAACCCAGUGGUUGAGUGCAGAAGAAAGAGUUAAAACCGAAGGAGAUAUGUUAAAACUUAAGCACAAGGAAUUGGAGGAAAUUAUUAAUCUAAAAGAUAAUGAAAUCAGCCAGCUAUUAGCGAAGUCGAAGAACCAAAGUGAGGAAAUCGAUAUCCUAAGCAAUCAACGGAAAUCUGAUUUGGAAAUAAUAGCUGAAAAAGAAAAGCAACUUACGAGUAUAUUGUGCACUGCAAUUAAAAGUUGCCUGCCAGGCCGCGCAAAUGGCAUUUAUAAUAUAAAGUUACCCGAAAUGGAUUAUUUCGAAGCUCCCUGCAAUGAAAGUGGCUGGAUGACCAUCCAAAGGCGCCAGGAUGGCUCGGAAAACUUUGCUCGGAAUUUUGAGGAGUACAGGAAUGGAUUUGGCCGUCCAAGUGGAGAGUUUUUCUUGGGCCUAGAGAAACUACAUCAGUUGACUAAGGAUGCACAGCACGAGCUCCUUAUCAAGCUGGCCAAGGCCGACAACUCCACGAGCUUCGCUCACUACGAGAACUUUAAAGUCGACAGUCGGGCAAACAGUUACAAGCUGGUGUCAGUGGGUAACUUUUCCGGCACUGCUGGAGACGCCUUCGCUGACAUGGUGGGGUCAGAGUUCAGCUCCAUUGAUCGGCCCAAACCAGAUACCUGUACUACCACCAACACAGGGGGCUGGUGGUACAGCAAUUGCCGAUACAGAAGCGCGCUCAAUGGAAAAUACCAUGCGAAUGGGACCUGUCCAGAAUUUUCGGGAAUUCGUUGGAAAACGUGGGAAGAUGACAACACGGCCUCUCUGACCUUUACUGAAAUGAUGAUAAGGCCCAAAAAAACCCGGGCAACGACUUCUUUCGCUUGUGUUUAAAAUACAAGACAAUUAUUCACUUGUAAUUUUCAUUAUCUCUUGUCUGUGAAGUAAAGCAAAUACCUACUUAAUAA